AUGUCGACAAUUAGUUCAACUACUGAAGAACUUGAUAAUUAUUCUCAAUUUGAUUCAGACGAAAAUAUAAACAAUGCAAUUAAUCAAUCUAAGGUGAUAAAUACCGAAACUCCAACAAAUCAAUGGAUGAGAACAUUGAAACGUUUUCUUGAUGUAAAAAAACAAGAUAAAAGUGAUUAUACUCCUGCCUCUUUAGUAGUUGGAUUUUCAGCCAUUGCAUGGGGAAUUCUUGAUAUUUUUUCAUCAAUUCGACAUACACUGGGUGGACAGGUUAAGAAAUUACAAAAUGCAAGUCUUUCAAAAAAAAAAUCUGAUUAUCUUACAAUGGAAGAAAUUAAAGCGAUUCUUGAUUCUCCAGCCACCUCAGUAUUAACUGCUAAGGGAAUUACAUAUUUUACUUGGUUAUGGCUUUUAUUUUUAUCAUCUUUUCGUGGUGGUGAUGCUAGCGAUUAA